AUGUCUCGGUACGAAGAAGAAUAACAGCUUCUCUCUCUUUUUAAAAUUCUAGUCACUAUGAACAAGAUCGGAACGCACUAAAGAGGAAAGAAUGGGAACGGAGAAAUCAAGAGGUCCAGCAGGAUGAAGACUUCUUUACAUCUGGCUUUAACCUCUUUGGAGAACCCUACAAGGUAAACAAACAACUGAAGCUGUAUUCAACAUUCAUUUCAUUUGAAACCGUGCUCCCCACCCUCCGCAAUUUCACCAAACAUUAAUCACACGUUAGUCCCUCAGAGAGGAUAGUAGCGCUGAGGGCAUCCUCUCGGUUUCAUGCACUGCAAAAGAUGCUUCCAUAGAAGCGCAUUGACUGGUUUAAUUAUCUGUGGCAAUUGGGGGUCCUCUGGGCUACCGCUGGGUUCUUCUGCAUGAGAGCCACCCAGUGGCUGAAGUACCCUAGUCUGCAAAGGAUUGUUACAAUAGCAAGAAUGAUUAGCACUGAAACAAUUCAGUGGCAGUUCCCACUAUGGAGAUUUCUUGAAUAUGAUAUCACUGCAAGACAGCCGUGCGAGUUGACCGUCGAGGCCCUGCUUUCGCUCAGGUGUUCAACCUGUGACUGGGCUGUGCCAUUUCAGGUUGUGAGUUGGGGGCUAAGGCUUGCGUAGAUAAAUGUUCCUUCUCUCAGAACACAGAAAACUUUUUCUUCUGUAUGAAAAGGUAUAGCCCAGAAAUGGGUUUACUUGUGAUAUCUACAAAAUACACAGACAUGCCAGAAGCCUUUGUUCUCCCUGAUGCAUAUUUUUGGAAUUCUGCAGUCAGGAAAGGAGGGGUUUAUAUUUUCUAUUUUUCCAGUUAAAACAAAAAAACCUACCCCACCACAAACUACAUUUAAAUAAGACUCCCAGAAGGCACCUGAAAUAAUUUAUUUAUUUGUUUCCCCCUAUCUUUGCUGAAUUUUACAAGGUUUUUUAAAAUAAUAAUAAUGUUUUUAUUAUCACUUUUCAUUAAAGACUGAGGAUGAUGGUUCUUUGAAUUUAUAUCUUACUUUCCCCUCUCCGCUCAAACCUUUCACAGGAAUAUAAAUAUCAUAUAAAGGGAAGUGUGUUGCUCAUUAAUUGCUGUUGUGAAUGUAUAUCCCAGUAUCCGGAACUCUUGCCAGAACCCAUAGCAAAAUCCAAGAAAUAUAAAACUAGCAGAACAAUAAUGAGCAAUACUGAGAGAAUCUCUGUGAAAACAAGCUCCUUAGCCCAUGCAAGUAAACUCUGAAUUGGAUCCUACCAAAAUCAUCCUCCCCUGGACCUGCUCAGUUUUCUUGCUCAUUAGUAAAUUAUGCAGGCUCCUUAGCAUAAAGAUCUUAGCUGAAAAAGGCUGUUCUGUCACAUACCAUUUCACCAAUGCUUAUUUCCCCUCUUCCCAGGGCCCCACUGCUGUUUUGGCGGCAGCUUCUUCUUCUUCUUCUUCUUCUUCUUCUUCUUCUUCUUCUUCUUCUUCUAUUUGCCACUUAAGGAAAUUUUCCCAUUCAUGUAAUCUCAAGUCCUCACCCGCAUCAUAUAGCAAGAUCUCAUCUUGUCACGAAAUGGUGCAUCAUCGUUAUGUUUGCUAGAUGAUCCCUGAUUGGUUCAUAUCACUCGUCAGGCUAAUCCAGGUGGAAGCAAUGGUAUCGAGGGAAAUAGUGUUGAAGCAGUAACCACCAGGCAAAACAAUGGAACUGGACAGGACUGGCAGGGCUGGAGGUGGGGAGGAGAGAAUGUGAAUCUGUUCACGCAGCCUAAGUGGCUUUAUGCAGGAAUGACAACCCACUAGUAUCAAUCUGAAUUUUUUUACUGGAAAACACUUGGCAUAUCCUGCCACCUCCACCACUUCCAAACUGGCACACAAUCCCUAGAUGGUUAAGAAGGUAUACACCUCAUGCGGAAAAACAAUUCUUCCUGAAGCAAAGGGGGAAACUCUCUCUCUCUCUUUUACCGUCAUAACUAUCCAAAGCUGUCUUUUGGGAGAAUGGUUGAAAAUGUACAGCAUAUCAGCAGGGUAGCAGAGCCUCUUCUGAAAAUCCUCCAAGGGACUUCCUUGCCUGUGAUUUUCAUCACCAAGGGAUGUUCCCCAUUUGACUGUCUCUGCUGCUUUGAUGAUCACCCAAAAGCAUUCCCUGAAGAAUUCAGCUGGAUUGAAAUGCACAGAUUCCUUUUUUCCUUUCCAUCAAUGACAGUCUUUGGCAAAUACCACCUAGGGUUCGUAUAACAAAAAGAUAAUGUGGAAGAUGAAACCUUUCAAGUCUUCUCUGCGGAAUAAGCCUAGAUCUGAAGGCAUGAUUGUCCGAGGUCAUGAGCGCAAAUCACACAAGUGAAUUCGAGGCAGAAUUAAUUGUUAUUUUCUGUCAUCAUUAUUUUUAGUCACUAAGCAUUAUGUAAACAAUUAUGCUAUUUUCUGCAUUGUUUUUGGUGUUUCCCUUCCACUGAAAUUCAUGGAAAGUAAUUAUGUAAUUAAUUACAUUAGUUCCAGCCACAGUUCAUAGCAAAUUGAAUAGUGUAAGACUCCGAACUGUAGCAACACAGAAACACUGCUGAUUGCAAUUAACACAAAAUGGGACAGAAGUCAUUGUCUCCUUACAUCCCUAGCUCUUCUGUUGAGAUAUGACCCCUGUCCCUUAAAUAAAAAUGAAUAAAAUGAAUAAAUAAAUUAUUAAAGUUGUAUACUAGCCUUCAUUUGUAGAUCUCAGGGCAGUUCACAGCAUAAAUUAGGAUACCUUUUGAUCCUUUCAGUGUCCACAUUAAUUGGAUCUUCACUUCUGAUUGUCUUUGCUCUCAUUCAUAAUGUCCCUGUUGUUCCACAAAGCUUUGCUAGUUUAUGUUAAUCUUAAUUUGGCAAUGAUGGGAGAAACCCUGUGACUUGAUGAUGCCCACUUAUCCAAACUCAAUUAUCCAAGUUCUCUGAAAUUUCAUCAAGACAGCUGUUUAUAUUCUGCUGCUUCUUUUGCCACAUCUCACAUCCAUUGUUUGCUUCCUGCAUCCACAUAAAACCUGCUGCAAGUUUUGGAUUAUCCACCCUUCACAUAGGUGGUUGUCUCCUUGGUCUUUUGAGAUUGUAGGGCCUCCAUACUGACACUGUUUUAUUCCUUUGACCUGAAGCACCGCUUGCUGCAAGUCCUGCAUUUGUCCAUUUUAACUUCAUGGCCUUUUCUACUACAACCAUAACUUUCUAUCUUUGUUACAUCCAGUUGUUAGUUUUUAUUUUUCAGAACAUUGCUCAUUCUAGAGCAUGUGGUGUUAUUCUGGAGGUGUUCAUACUUCUCUGUGUCAUGGGCUGGAUCUAGAAACAUCAAAGAAGUGUUUCAGCUAAACAUGCUGUAAAUUUAAACAGAGAAACAGGUAGAGAAAAAUUGGGUUCCACAGUGCCAUCGGUGUCACAAUGUUAUAUCGCAUAUACAACGCAUAUAAAUUGCUUUUCCUUUACCAAUCUAGCUGAAGUCCAUGGACUGUUUUUCUCCACUAAUACACAUCACAGGUAAUAUGCACAGGUAAUUGGCCCAGUAUACCUGAAGGAGCGUCUCCACCCCCAUCGUUCAGCCUGGACACUGAGGUCCAGCACCGAGGGCCUUCUGGUGGUUCCCUCACUGCGAGAAGUGAGGUUACAGGGAACCAGGCAAAGGGCCUUCUUGGCAGUGGUGCCCACCCUGUGGAACGCCCUCCCAUCAGAUGUCAAAGAAAUAAACAACUCUCUGACUUUCAGAAGUUUUUUAGGGAAGUUUUUAGUGUCUAAUGUUUUAUUGUGUUUUUAAUAUUCUGUUGGGAGCCACCCAGAGUGGCUGGGGGGCCUGGCCAGAUGAGCGGGGUAUAAGUAAUAAAUUAUUAUUAUUAUUAUUACUAUUAUUAUUAUUAUUAUCAUUACUACUAUUAAACACUUUAGCUUUCAAGUCGAAGGAAAUAUUUCUAUUUUUCAUCUUAAAGCUGCAUUUUCCAAAGGCUGCCCAGGAUUGUUUUAUUUUCCUCCCUAUUUCGUUUGGUUUUCUGCUCUCAAUAUGAUUUUUUUAAUCCUAAAUUAAUGUUUUCUUCAAUGUGCUUUGUUUCUUUGUUUUAAAAUAGUAUAUCAUUCUCUUCUUCAAACAUUAUUUUAAUCUUGGCUAGAUUCACCUUCAUACCUUUUUUAUUCUUCACUGUGUUCUUCCAGCAUUUCUUGUAGUAUUAUUUUUUUACUUUCGACUGUUAUGGCUAUAUCAUCUGCAUAUUGUAUGUGAUUUAAUAUCUUCCAUUGAUUCCUUUUUCUAACCACCUCAGCUUUUUAAAUACACCUUCCAAGUUGACUGUAGGUGAUUAGCUAUCUCCUUGUCUUACGCCUCUUUUUAAGGGUCUUGGACUGGUUUUAUGUGGUUACCCCAAGCGAAUGGUCUCUUACUCACUUUUGGUUGUCACAGUGUCCUUCAGCUCCAUUGAAGAAAUUCAGCUAAAACCCUUUCAUGCGGACAUUUGUCACUGAUGUGGAAUAGUUCAAACUGAGAAAUUGAACCCAGUUGCUUCAGUGCAAAGUGAGCUUUAUGGGGCACUGAGAUGAUAAGAGAAUAAAGAAAGGGGAGUCAGGUCUAAAGAAUGGAAACAAUAAACAAGAGGAAAUCUACCCAAAAGGGAAAGGUGAAUCUUUUUGUAGGAAAUAAUUUAUGUAGAUAGCAGUAUAUUUCUGUAGAGAAGAGUGAUACAGAACUCUAACCUUAAUGAUUAGAAUCACCUGCAUCUCAGCACAUUAAUGGGCCAGUAGGACCUUUAACAUGGUCUUUUAAGCCAGUUGGCUUGAAAGAGAGUCCCAGAUGGUGUGGAACAUGGCCAGCUGGUUGUGGAAAGAAUUAUGUGGAACUGGGUUUUUUAAGGCAUUUUUUCCAGCACUUGCUAAAACCAGAGCUCAUCUCCUUGUCUGCAGAAGUCUCUACUUCUGAAAAACUCAAAGAAACAAGUAACUGUAGCUUGCAAAUUGUGUCUUGAUGUCCAGUGCCUGGGACAUGAACAACUACAGCCAGAUGUCACUUUACUCUAGGAAAAGUGAAAUGUUACUUGAUUAAACACUUUUUUAAAAAAAAAGCAGGGAGGAUCACAUUUUGCUAUUCAUCACAUUUUGCUAUUCAUCAAGGACUUUGAAUGAGUGUGAAGAAUUAUACCAGUGAGUCAAACCAGACAUGGAGUUUAUGUCUUAGUGGACUCCCCUUCAUUAGAGGUUUUUAAGCAGCGGUUGGAUGGCCAUCUAUCACGUAUGCUCUAGUUGAGAUUCCUGCAUUGCAGGGGGUUGGACCUUGGGGUACCUUUCAGCUCUACAAUUCUAUGAUUCCCUAAGUCUUCAGAAAAAACUGCAUAGGUGAAAUGGGUUUUUAACUAGUUCUUCACGAGAGAGAGAGAGAGAGAGAGAGAGAGAGAGAAAGAAAGAAAGAAAGAAAGAAAGAAAGAAAGUUUAGGAGAAAGCUUACUAUAGAGUCCGACAACUGGGAUCCAUGCAGUACCUGAUCAAAUGUUUAUCCCAGACACCUGUAACUGGGUGAUGACUAUGGCCUGAAUGUUAGAGAUCAGCCUUCCAAACAACAUAGAAAAUAUAUUAGCUCCUUAUAAUUCUUUCUGGCCAAGCUGAUGCCUGCAUACACUUAAGGGAUCUCAUAGGAACAUAUGAAGUUACCUUAAUACUGAUUAAUACCAAGUUCAAUCCUCAGCAUCUCCAGGUAUGGGUGGGAGAGAUCCCUGCCUGAAACCCUGGAGAAUGACUGCCAGUCAGCUAGAUGGACCAAGGGUCUCAGUCAGUAUAAAACAGUCUCUGAUGUUGAUACUGAACUGUUACCAGGCAACCAGAUAUUCCCAUUUCCUCACCUUUCCAGAAGUGAAAAUCCGCAAAGUGUAACCAGACCCUUAAGACGAGAAUUGUCUAAGUGGCAGCGGCCCAGCUCCCCACCCCUUACACAAAUGCUGCCUCAGCAAUACUGCAGGGAGGAUAUGAGAGGAGGAGAACAAGCAAGCAAGUGUUCACCAUUUGCAUCGUAAUUCCUCCCGGUCCCUUAAGCACAAUGGAAUCUCCUUGUUUAAAAAAUUGGGGGGGCUGAGCCUAGGCUAGCUUUGGCUGCUGCCCAAACAAGUUCAUUGUGCAGCUUCGGUUGAAGCAGGCGGGUCAGGCACAAAGAGCUUAUUCUUAGCUUAAACGGAAUGCACUUUUUUGCCACUCAAAAUUACCAAUUUAAGAGUGGGUUUUUUUGUUUUCAGUUUUGGUGUGUGUGCUUUAAAAAACCCAAAACUGUUUCUUGUAUACAGUGUAAUUCUUAGCUUUACACAAUUGAUGAGCUUUCUAAAUAUUUACUUCAGUGCACAGCUCCUUGAAUAGAAGCCCUCGGAGGAAAACCAGAAGGGGGAAAAUGCAUUCUUCCUAUUCCCCCCACCCUUUCCUCAUAAUCUUAUACUCCAGUGUUAUGAUCAGGGGUGUUGCAAACUACUUAACGGAUUUGGGACACAGGUGCAUGAGUGUGCAUUUGCAUAAAAUUUGCAUUGCCUGAUUUGUAUGGAUGGGUGCUUCUGGGGAAUUAAGACGGGGUGGCUGGGGUCUCCUCCAUACUGCGCUUUGCAGACUAACCCUAUGAGCAAGGUUUCUUUGAAAAACAAUGUUGAGAAAAGGUGGGAAAGGGCAAAAGAGUUUGGGGCCACCUCAAUAGAUUUGGGGUUCAGACCUAAGGACUACGAUCUGAAAACACUCCACGUUGUGGUAAUCACUGGGGAUACUCUUCUGGUUGCUUUCCUCCAUGAAAUACCAUAGCUUUUUAUUCCACAAAUGUUCUGGUUUAUUAUUGUUCCACGUUUGAUGUGCUGUAGGCCUUCCACACACGGCAAUAAUGUGGUAGCAUCGGGGAAGUGUCGCAGAGCAACUAAUAUGGCAAAAUAAACCCACCACUAAUGCACUUUUGUUGUGUCACGGACAUGUGCCAGAAUAUACUUUGAGAAAUACACCCGUCCAGAGAGACCAAUUUUCCAUUUCAUUUUGCAGCAGAGAUAAAAAGUAACUACUGAAUACCUUUAGAUAUACCUUUUUCUGUUACAGUUGCAUUGAUAGAACCAUGGGUGCUGAUUAUGCCUCCUCCAGUUCCACUUUUAAGUAUCACAAAUAAUCAAAAUGGAGAGGAAAGAGGGAUGAAAAUAUAACAGCAUUUGUCAUUCCCAAAGGAGCAAUGGCACUGCUGGAACCCACCCCAAUUUAAAACUAGAGACACACUUCACUCUUAAUCUCAGCAAACUACAUUCUUUCUCCAGUCAUUUCCUGGAUUUGCAUCCUCCUGUGGAAUAAAAUAGUUAAUAUUACCCCUACUUAAAAACAAGCACAGCACUCAUAGCCUCAAAAAAAUGUAUUUAGUUCAGGGGAAUUUGUGUAAUCAUUAGGUUUCUUCAAGCCAAUUCACACUUGGCUACCCUUCCCCUUUCCUUUAGAGGUAGACUCAAGUUACCCCUAGUAAAUUACCUCUCUAAAAAAAAAAAUAUUUCUAGCUACUGCUCAGAUGUAACUUUGGCCCAUAAAAUGAGCAAUAAUCUGUGUACAAAUUCCUGUUCAUAUAAAUGGAUUCUUUGGGGUGAGAAAGAGGAAAGAGUCUGGAAAACAGAGUAGAAAAGCACUGGAGAUGAAAACAUAAUAAUGUCAAAAAUGAGUCAGGAUUUGCUUAAUAACUGCUGCACAGAAAAUAACUGUGAAUCAUAGAUUUGCAAAACAGACUCUAAACGGUUCUAGAAAACAGAACAGAGGACUUCCAAAUCUAGCUGGCAACAAUUUAUAUAGAUACAUAUCCCUUUUAUAAUAGAUCUUAAGCAAUCUUUAGAAGAAAGUUGUUUAGGAGUACUCUCCUAAUAAUAAUAAUAAUAAUAAUAAUAAUAAUAAUAAAUUUUAUUUAUAUCCCGCCCUCCCCAGCCGAAGCCGGGCUCAGGGCGGCUAACAACAAUCAAAUAAUCAAACAAUCAAAUAAUCCAACAUUCUAAAAACAUUUCAUUAUAAAAAUUAAUUAAAAUCAAAUUAAUGGCAACCGUUAAGCAAAAUUCUGUGCAGGUUGCCAGAGGAGGGAGUCAGGCCUACUCAUAUUGAAAUACUGCCCAAACUUAGUUUCACAAAAUGUUUAGGGGUAUGUGUACCCCUGCGUACCCCCAGAAAAAAGCACUGAGCAGAACAAUAAUAUUAAGAAAAUCUUUCUAGAGUUUUCUGCCUCACAAUGUAAUACAACAAGUUAGGCCAGAGCUUUUCAAACUUUCCACGUUGGUGAAACACUUUUUAGACAUGCAUCAUUUCGUAACACAUUGAUUCAGUUUGACUAGCAAACUGGAGGUUAAACUAACCCCUUUCUAGCCCUGGAAGGAGCACGGGAAGACUGCUGCUGACACACUAACACCGUUUGGAAAUCUCUGAGUUAGACUAUGCUCACACUAGCAGCCUGAAGUUCAUUUCCCCUGCCCUGCAUUUCCCAGUCGCUUUCUCCCACCACUGUUCACACCAAAGCAGAGGCAGGGGGAUGCCUUCACCCGACGAUUUCUUCCCCUGUGGUGUGUGGGCGCACUGCCAACCAUGCAUGCACAAAAGCCGCCCGAACUUGUUCAGAGCGCGACAGAACUGUGGCUUCUGUUUUCAAACCGGAUGGAACCUGGUUUCAGGAGAAACAGAUCCAAAGAGGAGUAUUUCCCUUAAGGCUGCGGGACACAGAUGGAUUGUGGCUAACGUCGUGUGAACCUGGCUUAGAUAAAACAGCGGCGGGAGCACGCUGGAGUAAAUGGUAAUGUGUACAAACCCUUAGAUAGCUAUAACUUAUAACCAUCACCAUCUAACAUAGUAGACUGCCUGGGGGUCCUGUUUGCCAUUGCUGCCAGCCUUUCUACGCGCUUCCUUUUUCUUCUCCAUUGGGGUACCCAGCGUGAAGCCCCUCCAGAUGCUGUGCUCUACAACACCCACCAGUCCCAACCAGCAUGGCCAAUGGUUAAGGAUGGUGGGCAUUGUAGUUCUGGAGGCCGUUACAUUGGCUACCCCUGCUCUAGGCUGGCAGCUCAAGGGUCAAAGGCCGGACUUGCCUUUGAGGACUCCAGCUGCUGUUUGUGGGGGAUACUACAAACAGAGCAGGCACUAACCACUUCUUGUACCUUUCUCUCUCAACUUGAAAUGUCACAUGCAGCCCAAGCCAAUGGGUAUGAACUCUAUUGACUGCUUAUAUCCGCAUGUGGCUAGGGGUGCCUACCUCACACACUAAGCAGGGACAAAACAAAUGCUAAAAACUUUCUUUCCACACCUCAACAAGAGAGAUGUUGAGUUCCUUCUUGUACGCUAAGGAUUUUCGCUUGCCCUUCCCAGUUGCUAAGCUAUAGGUUCUGAUGAUUCUGCGAUUCUGUGCACUAACAAUGGCAAUCAAGAGAUCUGUAAUAAUGAAAAGAUACAUAAUCAGAGCAUGUAAUCCCCAUAGGAAACAUUGCCAGCAGUAAAAGCCAACAGUAAAAGCAUGGGAUAUGAAAGUGAAAACUCACAAUGGUGGCAAAAAUUAACUGAAUUGGUCAGAAUGAUGGGGAAAAGAGUAAAAAAAAACAAAAAACCCAGAAGAAUUUGGAAGCUUAUCGUCUCAUUUUAUUGAACAGAAUUACAAGAUGCAAUCAUUUAACAUUUUCUUGCAGCAGAAAUGCAACGUAACUAUGUUGGAAGAGUAUUAGUGAUCUAUAGCACUGGCUAUUGUAAUAGAUGCUUAUAAAUGUGGAACCUAUAGUCCAUAAUUAGGACACUUUCUAUCUGAAGAGCAGGUUUAUGCAGAUUUUUUAAAAAAAAAUAUGUUGUCUAUGUUUUGGGGGGGUGUAUGAAUGAAUGUAGACUUUCUCGGUGCAAAAUUGGCACACAAGCUCAUAAUAUUUUCAAUUUAAAUUCAAUGCUGAGGAAUUUUUUUGAGGCAACAGAGCUUUCCUGAGAAUGCAUCCAAGGAUUUUGAGCCGAGAAAAGUCGUAUUCUGAGUCCAUUGUUUUUUGUCUUCAACAGCACCGCUACUUACCCCUGCUGCUUCUUGCAAUCCUAACACUGCUUUCCUAGGCAUAGAUUCCACUGAGUCCAGUAAGAUGUCCAAGUAAAUGUUACUAAGAUUGCAGCCAUGCUGAAUAGUGAAAUCACUGAGGUAUAUUCAUGUUGUCAUUGUUUCCCUUCUUGUAUUUCAGACUAACAAAGGUGACGCUCUAGCCAACCGUGUCCAGAAUACAUUGGGGAACUACGAUGAGAUGAAGGACUUUCUGACCAACCAUUCCAACCAGAGCCACCUUGUAGGAAUCCCACAGAAUUCUGUGCCACAAACUCCAGUAGAUAAAAAUGAACAGACCUUUUUCCCAGAACAAAGGAACCGGAUGGUCCCGCCCCACCAAAUCACCGGGCACUCCUCAGCUUCAAUGCCGCCCCCUGCGGCUAUAUCUUCCAGUUCAAGUUUAGUGCACAGUCACCAGAGCAGCAGGAAAUCCAGGACUGACUGGUCACGUGUCAGCCACAACUCAAACGGUGGUCAGCCAAGUCAGUCCGGGAGUGCGCAAAGUCGGACAAAGCACAGCUCAUCCCACGAACCUCCACAAGGCAGGUAUGAUGACCGCUAUGCUUGCCAAAGCGAGCAGCAUAAACCUGGAGGAGGCGAUGAAGCCAAUGCAACGCCAUCCUCAUCACACUCAAGGAGGCAUACCCAUUCAAAAUCAGGAGUGGCAGAACACUCUUACAAAGAAAGCAGCCACUCAAAGUCUCCAGUGGAUCUCGAGUUUCUGGGCCAUGGGCCUGGAUCUCCGCUCCCAUCUACAUCCUUGUUGUCAGGAAAUAGUGGUCUUUCGACUCAAAAUUUCCUGCCGGGCCUCCACUGUAAGGGCAGCAUGACUCAGCAAAAGCCCACCGCUUACGUUAGGCCAAUGGAUGGUCAAGACCAGGUUCCCAACGACUCACCGGAACUGAAGAUGCCAAUAGAAAUUGAAGGCGUUUAUGGAAACCAACCCUUUGGGAUUCCACUGGAAGGAAAGACCACUGGACCCAGCUCAAAGAAUAAACUACCAAAGCUUAACAUUCCUCAAGCUAGUGAAGUAAGUCUUAUUUAUCUGUUCAGUUGUUUACUUACCUCUUUUGCCUCCAGGGUUUCAGUCCACUACACUUCCUCAGUUUCCUGUUUAACUGACAGUCUCUUACCCCACAUCCAGACCAUACUUUUAAAGCACUAUGAUACUAGUUUAAACAGUAAUGGAUUCCCCUAAAGACUUCUGGGAGCUGAUUUUUCCCCCGGGAUGCUGAAAGAUGUUAGGGGACCCCCCUCUCCAUCUCGCAGACCUACAGUUCCAAAAGUGGUUUAAUUGUCAAUUCCUCUUCGCAGGUUGCUCUGGAAAUUAUGUGUUUUCAAUAUCUAUUCACUGCUUGGGCACUGCAGCUGAAAUGAAAGCUCUUUUUGACAUGCUGUUUGGGUCUCACACAGAUUGUUCUGUCUAUUUUUAAGAUUACUAGGAUGCACGUCCUGUUAUGCUUAUCCUGCUACCUGACCCCAAGAGUGUGGUCAACAUAAUCAGGUCUGUGGUUAAAAAUAGGAAAGUGUCAGUGGGUUGCGGUUUUGUUGUUUGUUUUGUUAUUGUCAAUUUAAAAUCUUCAGAAGAAUUGCACAACAUGGAUACCUUGGGAAGUAUUUAUACAACAGAUAGAUAGAUAGAUAGAUAGAUAGAUAGAUAGAGCCCAUUUUUUGUAGUGCAAAAAAUGUGGAGUGUUGGUGGAAAUCUCAAUAAUCAUUGGCUGCAAUAGGUAAUAGUUCUCAUCUUGCCAAAACUUGGUUGUAAAUAUGCUGUGUAUCCAGGUUCAUAGAAAUUAGUUACCUGGGAAAGAAUGAAAACUACAGUCCUAUCCACAUUUACUUAGAAAUAAUUCCAAUUGAAUGGAGCUCUAAUGACUAUAUAACAUAUAAUGAUUAUAAUUUAGUCCCUCUCCAUGCUAAGUCACAAUCCCUGUUUAGUCUCUUUUGUGGAUUACUUAUUUUUUAAAAAAAUAUUUGGGUAAGUAGGGGUGGAGCACCCCAUUUUUCUUAUUGCGGUGAAAUGGGAAAGCCUGCCUUGCCACUGCCACCCACCUCACCACCUCUGCCACUGGUUUUUUUGUGAGAUCACACUGGUUUCCAGCUAGAUCUCACAUGCCCUGCAGGAUCUUGCGUAAGUUUAGUAAGAGCUUGCUGGAAAUUGAUGUGAUCUCACUCAAAAUCAGUGCUGAUGCUGAUGCCAGUUCUCUGCCAGCAGGAGAGGUGGCAGGACAGCCAGGGCACCCACAGGGGCACUGCCUUGCUUGUUUCUGCCACCUAAGACAGCUGCCUAACCCUGCCUAAUGGCUACACCGGCCCUGGGGAUAAGGCUUCUUAAAGAAUUUAUUCGUUUUCAAUAACAAUCUUCCAAUUAAUGACAAGUUAAAUCAAAUCAAUCAAAAUUACAAUAAUAACAAUAGACCAAUUAUGUAUUCCAAUUAUAAAAAAAUUCUUGGGACUUCCCAUGUUCCAGAAGUCUGGAGAUAAUCAUCCUCAUUCAUGUCUCUGCAUUUUCAGUAUUUUUCAAAUUCAGCACUAAUAUUAUCCAUCCUUCUUCUCAGUCUAAUCAGCCGUUGUUUCUUUGGCUCACAUCUAGUAGCAAAGUUUUUGUGCAGUUAACCCACAAGAGGUGGGGGUUUUUUUGGGGGGGGGGGGUAAGGCUUCUAAUGGUGCCAUUCUUCAGGGAUCAACUCCUUUAGAUUACACUCAUGGUCCCUUCAAACACUACAAUCCUAUGCUUCUAUUUCAUGUAGUCUCUAGAAGCAAGCUCCAGAGUGAGAAACACGCCUGUCUUGUAUCUAGUACAUGUGCAUGUAAGUGCAUGCACAUGAAAACCAAGGCACCAUACCCAGCUGUUUCUCCAAAUGCAGCUGGGGCUGCAUGACAGCUGAAGGCACCAAGUUGAUUAGCCCUGCUUUAAAUCCAGACCAAAUUUCAGAAGCUAAUAGGUAGCUGCUCAGCUAUCCCAGUGAUUAAGUUCCAGAGUAGGGCUCAGCCUUGCCCUGGGAAGUCCUUUGCAAAAUCAACAUAACUCAUUCAAGUUACAUAACAGGACUUCCCUGUAGCGGUUGGGUUACCGUGAUGUAGAACUUGACUCUCUGUAACAUUGUAUAUGCUUAGUCUUGAAUACAGGCAACUCUCCAAAGUGCAUGGUAUAAAUAUUGUACUAUUAUUUUACAUUUAAGAGGUGUUAAGCAAGGUGGUGUCUACCACUGCAUACUUCCAAACAGAUGGAAAUAGCAGGACUUGCCUAGCAGAGUUCCCAAAAUACCUAUUUCGUGGCUGGUAAUAUUUUUUACACCCUGAAUAAGUGAUGAUACAUUCUUAGGGUGGUUUAUUGCGAAAGGUCGGCUUCCCUUACCCACAUUCAAACCCCUGCCUGCCCGCCCUUUGGAAUAAUUGUUUGGGGCCAAUAAUUUGUUUGACUUCUUUAAAGAAGGAGGGAAAUCCCUUGCCAUUAUUUAUUAACAUUCCAAAGAGCAACAAAGACUGAUGUGUUUUGCAGGAGAGCUUGGAAUAAUUUUCUGGGAACAGCAUCUGAAAACCGUAAAAAGACCUAUUUAUAUGAAGUGGAAGCUGAGGGUUCCUUGCAGAUGGUGUUUUAUUAGAAAAAUGUAUUUGUUAAUAAACGUAGCUGUGUACAAGAUUGCUUUACAGAUGUUUCUGUUUAUUUUUACCUUUGGUUAAAAAUCUGCUGGAGUAGUCUGUUGCAAUUUGUCACCGGUAUUGUUUGGCAAGGAAAUAAUUGCACGGAAAGAAAAUAAUGAGGUUGCAAAGGCAAAUAAAUGUGUUCACUCUUGCUGUCUAUUAAAAACAAAAACAUAUCCAUUAACAAAUUUGAAAGAGAAUAUUUAAGUCAGCAGUUGAAGGGGUGUGUGUUUAAAAUAUAGUGUAAUGGGGGGGGGGGCUGCUUAUGACCAAAGGCCUUGGAUCCAAAGAACUGCGGGUAGAAGCCAAAAAGGUUUUAGCAUUGGUUUCAGAGCAUGUGUGAGAGAGCAUGUGUUUUAUUAAGACCAGAGUAUAGAGGCAGAGCGUCAGCUUUGUAUGCAGAAUAUCCCGAGUUCAAAUCCCUGGCAUUUCCAAGUAAGCACUGGGAAAGUUACCAGUCUGAAACCCUGGAGAGACCCACCCAGUCAGUGUGGACAAAACUGAGCUAGAUGUACCCAUGAGUCUGAUGGCUUCCAACAUUCAUCUUGAAAUCAGCCCUUUAUUCAGAAUCACGAGGAAUGGAAUCCUGCUUAAUUAAGUGGGAAACCAUAGCUCAGUGAUAAGAGUUCUGACUUUGCAUGGAGAAGGUCUCAGGUUCAAUUGCCAUCACCUCUAUGUUGGGACUGAAACCUGGAGAGCCUUUGUCACUCAGUGUGGACAAUACUGAACUACAAGAACCAGUGCUCUGACUUGGUAUUAUGCAGCUUACUGUAUUCUUAAGAUUUCUCACAGUGGAACAUUUUGAAUAGUUCUCUUAUCACUAGGGAUAUUGGAAAAUUCCAAUGAAAACAGAUGCAGGGGCAGAAAUGACUGGUGCUCCCUUGCUCAUCUCAUGUCUAGAACGGAAAUCAAUAUGAGUGAAUUUGGUUUGCCGUGAGUGCUGUUGGCUGUUGCUUUCAUUCUGCAAACAAUGCGCAAUUGGUUAUAGUUCCCAGUCCACAUUUGCAUUAUGUUUCCUUUGCACUGAAAUUAAUGGGGUGGAGUAACAUAAUGGCAAUGUCACUUAUGCAAUUUAUGUAAUUAAUUAUGUAAGUUACAUGAUUUCAGCACAGCAGACAGUGAGAUGAAUAAAGUAGCUUUUAGUGGAAUAUGAACUGCUGUGGAAUGGAAACAGUGUGGCAUGCAACAGAUGCAGCACCGGGUGAUUUAGGAUGGGUUGGACAGUUCCCCUACACAGUGCCGAGCUGAGGGGAUGCAUCCUCCUCUUCCUCCACCUCAUACCUAUAUUUAUAUAGGUACCUACUCAUUUAGAUAAGGGAUGCGGGUGGUGCUGUGGGUUAAACCAUAGAGCCUAGGGCUUGCCGAUCAGAAGGUUCGAAUCCUCAUGCCGGGGUGAGCUCCUGUUGCUCGGUCCCUGCUCCUGCCAACCUAGCAGUUCGAAAGCACGUCAAAGUGCAAGUAGAUAAAUAGGUACCGCUCCGGCGGGAAGGUAAACAGCCUUUCUGUGCGCUGCUCUGGUUCGCCAGAAGCGGCUUAGUCAUGCUGGCCGCAUGACCCGGAAGCUGUACGCCGGCUCCCUCGGCCAAUAAAGCGAGAUGAGUGCCGCAACCCCAGAAUCAGCCACGACUGGACCUAAUGGUCAGGGGUCCCUUUACCUUUACCUUACUCAUUUAGAUGGGCAAUUGAGUUGCUGCAACUAGGACAUAGCACACUUGAGAACAUGUGCAGAACAGAAAGAGAAAGGGAGGGAGGGCACCAAAUUUUGUCCUCACUCAGGGUGCCAUAUUACCAAAGUCUGCCUUCUGACAAAUACAAGGUGGCACAGAAAAUGAUUCUGCCUUAUAUCCCUAUAUAUCACUCAAUGAUUUGCCUAGGAAAUACCUUUGGAACUUUCCAUUCCUCCUUAGCUAGCCGUUCCUUGUUCUCUCUGGAAACUGUGGCAGUUUGUAGAUCAUUAUAUAUCAGAAGCAAUCAGGCCCCUGAAAGUGGGAAGUGAAAAGUCCCAUAACGCUUCUGACACCACCCACCUAAGCCGUGAAACAUGGAAAAUUUCUCUUGCCAUUCCUUCUGAGAAAAUGUUUUGACGGGUUCAGUGUACAGUGAAAUGAUAAGCUUUUGUUAUAUGUGUUUCAAAUCACCCCCUUAUCACAGGAUAUAUUGAUUAGCUUAGUACUUCCUCAGCAAGCUAUAAAAGAGAGAGAGAGAGAGGGAAAAGGAAGGGCCUGCACUCUUUCUGGAUUAAAGAGCACAAAAAAAUUGACAGGUAGAUAACCAUAUUGAUUCAGCUCGAGCGGUAAAUGCAAGGAGCUUUGUAUAUGACUUAUAAAACUUUACAAGCGCAGUAGGUUUUAGGGGUUUAUAUUUUUAUUUCUUUUAAUUGAAUGGAAGGGCUAAGAAAAAGGGGGAGAAUAAGGGGUGGGGGAAGAGCCCUGGGUUAACUAAUUCCUCGUUUUGUGUUGAUUUGCCAAAUAACAUUAUAUUAUGCCCUCUGUUUGCGGGUGGAUCUUUCAUUCCAUAUUUAAGCCUCCCCUUUGCUUUUUAGAAAACUUCAGAGGAGGAAGAAUAA